CCCGGAUCCGUGGCGCAAUGGUAGCGCGUCUGACUCCAGAUCAGAAGGUUGCGUGUUCGAUUCACGUCGGGUUCAAUUUCCCCGAUCCAAACGGUCCGUUUUUUCCCCAUUUUUGCCGGCUCCACCCAUUUUCCAUGUUCACCACCACACCGUAUCAUUUCCCUAAAACCCCUCACAAACCUGAGAUUCUCGAAGAAACCCUAACCACUUCCAGUUCCUUCACAGAGCUCUCUUCCUUCCCUCUCUACCGAUCUCAAUCCAGCAACAACAAUGGCGUUCUUCUCCCGCCUCCGUCUCCAAUCCCUCACCGCCGCCCACCGCGGGCGCUGCAACUUCUCCACGAUCCUAUCGCCGGACUCCAAGACUCCCCUCUCCGCCAAGGACAAAACCCUCGCCGCGCUCUCCCUCCUCAAAUCCGAGCAGAACCCUGAGAAAAUCCUCGAGAUCUGCCGCGCGGCGUCUCUGACUCCCGACCUCCACCUCGACCGCAUCGCCUUCUCCGUCGCCGUCACCAAGCUCUCCGAAUCCAACCAGUUCUCCUACGUCAAGCAGCUCCUCGACGAGCACCGCCGCGACCGUCCCGACCUCCGCACCGAGAAAUUCGCCGCUCAGGCCAUCGUCCUCUUCGGCCAGGCCAACAUGGUCGACGACGCGAUCGCCACCUUCAAGAAGCACCACGAAGACGCCGGCUCCGAAUCCGGUUCGGUGAAGACGCUGAACGCCUUGCUCUUCGCCUGCGCCACCGCGAAGAACUACGCCGAGGUAAAGCGGAUCUUCGUCGAUUUCCCUGCAAUCUACUCAAUCAGUCCGAAUCUAGACACUUAUAACACCGUGAUCAAGUCGUUUACCGUGUCCGGUAGUUUGAGCUCGGUUUACUCGCUCCUGGGAGAGAUGAAGAAGAACAGAAUCAAGCCUAACGCCACUACUUUCUCCCACCUGCUGGCGGGGUUCUACAAGGAAGAGAAGUUUGAAGAAGUAGGGAAAGUUUUGGACAUGAUGAAGACAGAGUACUCGAUCUCCCCUGGAACUGCUACCUACAAUGUCAGGAUUCAGAGCUUGUGCAAGCUGAAGCGAGCUCGGGAAGCAAUGGCUUUGCUCGAUAAGAUGUUGAAAGAAGGCCCCAGGCCGAAUGCCACUACUUUCGCUGAGUUGAUUCAAGGGUUCUGCAGCACAGGGGAUUUGGAGGAAGCCAAGAAGCUCUUUAAGAGCAUGGUGGGCAGGGGACAUCAGCCUACCGUCGAGUGCUACUUCACUUUGAUCUACUACUUGUGCGUGGGGAAGGAUUUCGAUGCUGCUUUCGGGAUUUGUAAGGAGAGUAUGGAGAAGAAAUGGGUACCGAAUUUCUCGACGAUGAAGCUGUUGGUGAAUGGGCUUGCGGGUGAAGGGAGAGUUGAGGAGGCGAAGGAGCUUGUAGGGCAAGUGAAGGAGAAAUUCUCCAAGAAUGCUCAUAUCUGGGAUGAGGUUUUGGCUGGCUUGCCACAGUGAGGUAAAACAUUUCUUUGGGGGGUUUGUUUCCAUUGACAUUGAACAUGACAGGCUAGAAAUGCAGAUAAUUUUUAUACGACAGUGGUAGCUCAUGACGGUUUAGGCGAAUACAUAAUAAUGCGCGAUCAGUUCGCUGGCUGCUCAUUGAGAUCGAGUGCCUUCAUGGGUUUUGGUUCUCCAUGUAAAUGUGGAUUAGUCACAUGAAUGAUGAAACUUUGAUGUCACCUCUGUCAAUUAGUCGCAGUCGCAUGUUUGUGGCCAGAUGUGUUAAAGUUGCCUGAGAAGCUCCUUUUGUGAUCUGUAUCUGCACUUGCUCCCCAUUUCUUAGCCGUAAAUGAAACUGCAGACUGAUAUUGUGUUCGUAGGAUGCAUAUAACUUGGCUUCACUCGCCGAUUUAACGAGAAUCAUAAUAUAUACAUUUGCCAGGAACCUCAAACAUCGCCUUCAAUUCUGCUACAGAAGACUGACUACAAACCGAAUCAGUAGUCCAACUUCGUAACACUCUGCUGUACAUUCUGACAACAAAAUUCAUCAGUUCUUCACGUCUCAGUAUCGCUUCCGAAUUCUGAUGCUGCAAUUACACCAUUCUUACGACUUCAAAGAAGACAGUGCUGAUUUGCUUGGUUGCUCGGACCCCUUUUUACGCCGUUCAGGUAUUCAACUAUGAAAGGUAUGAUUUCCUGGCGAGUGUAGUGCAGAUCUGUUGUUCAGGUAUUUAGCUCCGUAUGCUACGCUAGAACCGACUGUCGUCGAGGCCACCAGCCAGCUGCAAUAAUCAGUCGAGAAUGGU